AUGAAUCAAACAUCCACAAUUCAUUAUUUGGAUGAUUAUGAUAAUCGAUCAAAUUCUCCUCCAUCAUAUAAUUCUUCUUCAUCAUCCUCUUCAUCAUCAUCAUCAAUGCCAUCAUCAAUGGCAACAUCACCAAUUGUUCAACCAACCAUUGAACCAUGUCCAUUUCCAAAUUAUUGUCUUAUUUGUACCAAAGAAUUACCACCAUGUCUAGUAUCUAGAUCAGUAUCUUGGGUCUCUAUCCUACGAGUUGUAUUUUAUUGUUUAAAACAAUUAUAUCCAGAAAAGGAAUUUUUUAACCUAAAAAAAGAUGUCUAUGGUUAUGUUGCUACUCAUUGGGAUAUUAUUUGUUCAAAAAAGAAAAAAACAAAUGGAUGGAGAAAACAAUUACAAGAUGCACUUUCACAUUGUAGAAGAUUAUUUGUUAGUGGAGCAGAUAGACAUGAUUGUUAUGGAUAUUGGAAAUUAAAAGAUUAUAAUGAUCCAUGGGAAGAUGAUCUUUCAGCCAACAAUAUUUUAAUAUCAAAUCCAUCAUCUCCAAUUCUUUCACCUUUAUUAUCACCUGAAUUUCAUUCCAAUAAUAAUAAUAAUCAAAAUAAUCAUUUUAUACUUUCACCUCCCAUUUAUGGUUCAGCAAAUUCAAAUACCUCUACUCCACUCUUGACUUCAUCCUUUUCAUCUUUAAUGUUUUCACCUACUCGUUCCUCUGUCAAUGGUCAAUCAAACUCAACCAAUAAUACUAAUAAUAAUGGACCUUUAUCAGGAGUACCACCUUCAAAAUCACUAUUUGAAAUUAACAAAUUAUCAAUGGCAUCACCAAGUGCAAGACCAAGAAGUAGAUCAUUUAGUUUUGACAAUAACACUAAUAUUAAUAAUAAUCAAAUAUUUGAUCAUAAAUUAAAAUAUAUUCAUCAACAAUUAAGAAAUCAAGGUCCUCAAAGAAAUCAAAAUACUGGGGUAAAUGAUUUACCAAAUGGAAAUAUAACACCAUCAUUUUUUAGUUUUAGAGAUCAGAAAGUUCCAUCAAUGAUGAAUCAUCGGAUUAGUCAACCUACAUCCAUUGAUGAAUUUGAUUUCCCACCAACAUUUCCACAUCCACUCCGAGAAGAUAAACCAUUCCAAUUAAAUGGUAGUCCUCCAUCAUCAAAUAAUGGUAGUGCUUCCACUACUCCCUCUUCCACUACGCCACCAAGAAUUUUAAAUCUUUCUACAGGAUCUGGGAAUUCAAGUCCUAAUCGUUAUUCCCCAUAUCAUAAUAAUCAUCACAACAAUCAUAAUAAUAAUAAUAAUAAUAGUCAUCCACAACCAAUACCAUUUUCUGAACAUCGUAUUAAUCAAUCUUCUUCUAUAUCAUCUUCCAAAUUAUCAAUAUCCAAUCUUAUAAAUCCAAUCAAUGAAGAAGAAGAAGAAGAAGUAGAAGAAGAUGAUGAUAUCCAAGAAUGUUCUGAUGAUUUAUUACCCAAUCCAUUAAACAUUAAACGCAAUAAUAAUAAUAAUAUACAAAAUCUAAUUUCAUCACCUCCAACAUUUUUCUCAUUACGCAAUUAA